GAAGAUUUAAGCGCAGUCGUAAAGCUUUGAUGGCCGCAGUAUAAACGCCCUGAUACAGAAUGGCAACUUUAAAACCUCGCGAGUUUGCGACACUGACGUUGGCAAAGUGCGACCAAAAUGAAUUAUCAUUAUUAUCCUCCAGGGGUAGCCUACCAAGGCUUGAAUCAAUGUUACCACGAAACCACGGAGCCAAACUGCCAUUGCAAUUCACAGGCUAUAUAUCAAAGUAGUUUGUUUAGAUGCAGCAGGGCUAUUAAUCACCCAGUCACCGGUUUCUCAAUGGGCAGCUUUCCUGAUGAUGUGGAAAUAGCCGUGGACCUCUCGAAGAUUCGUGUGACACGUACGAGGCGAAGUCGUAUGCAGUACAGUCCAUGGCAGGUCGAAGAGAUGGAGAAAGUUUUUCAGAAAACGCAUUAUCCAGAUGUCUUUGUACGAGAAGCGCUUGCCGUUCGCCUCGAUCUGGCUGAAUCGAGAAUCCAGGUUUGGUUUCAAAAUAGACGAGCCCGUUGGCGUCGGAAGGAAAAUACCGUGGCGACUCCGGGCCGUCGGUCCCUCGCGCAGCUUGAGAAACCGACCGAACUCAAGUCGACACGAAACGAUAAGGAAGACACGAACGCGACACGCACGAACAUUAAGCACAGCGUUGCGAACAUUCUCGCCAAACCGUCGAAGAUCAUUCAAGUGCCGUGGAAGGUCCCGAAACGCGGCAAAAAAUAUCGCACCGAAGUGACGGCGAAGAAAAAUGCCCCAGCAUCGGAUGUUAUGCGACUAGACCGCGAUUUAUGCAAAAUAGGAGAAAAUUCAACGGUUUCAAAAUCCUAGUGCAUCGUCCUAUACAUUGUCGCAGUUACGUUUCCUCGGCCUCGUUCGGGUGAAACUGUCUUCGAGAACUCAAACUGUCCAUUGAGAAAAGAGCCUUAAGCACACCAUAAUGCAGGCUGAUUGGCCAGCCAUUCGUGAGAAUAUCUACCUUUACGUCUGAAUUGAGUGAAAAUCUAUGUUUUACCAACCUUGUGGCUGAUUAAUUCUAUCGUCGGUUUUUCUAUACUUGUGUAGCUUUGUUUACGCAUGGAAAAGUUUAUAUCUGUUUAUUGAAAUGACAUACCAGGGGCCGGUUGUAGUCAAGCCCGUUUAGCCGCUUAAACGGUGAAUAAGUCAAA